GGCGGCUCGUCACAACGGCGCGGUGGGCCGGUCGAGGGUGCCGGCCGCGGGAGGGGUGUCCCGGUCCAGACGCCCUGAGGCAGCAGAUGUCCGUCGCACAGCCGGCUGGGGCAGGAGCGCUGUGAAUUGGGCGUGGCUGUGUGAAGCGCCCGCUUCCAGUGUCAACUAUUCCACAGCCUCACUCCACUGGUAAAAGAGGUGGCUUGGGUCCGGCUGGAGGUCACAAACUUCACCAUGAGCGACGAAGAUGGCGCACCACCAACCAGACACUUCCAGUGGAGUUUCCUGUACACAUGGCCCGCCCUCUUCAAGGGGACAGAAACGGUGUUGUGCGCCCUCUGCUUUCUCUGCAACGAGCUGUUAUGGUAUCCCCUGACACCGUACCCGGCGCGGACGUUCCUCUCGGUGUGCUCCUGCCUCGCCCUCAUCUCCUCCAUUCUGCUGUUCCUGGUGCUGGGCUGCGGCGUGGAUCGGUACUUCACUAACACCACCUGGUGGCGAAUUGUUGUGGUGGCGCUGCCGGCCAUCUGCGCGCUAUUCCUGAUGAUGUCGUCGGCAGCACAGACGAACAUCGGCGGCUUCGUCAGCGCCGGCUUCCAGGCGGCAGCGGUGUUCGGAUUCCUCGCCUUCAGCACGUACCUGGCGGACGCCAUGUACCACUUCACGCGGCUGCGCCAGGCCGGCGAGCUGCCCAGCCUGGGUGGGCUCGCCGGCAAAGGCCCACAGUUUCGGUCGGCGCGAGGUGACGGCCCGGCGCCGACUGACGGCAGCGACAAGAACCUGCGCGCGCCCGGCUCGUGGAACGUGCCACUCGACUCCGCCAACAGACAAAGCCCCGACAGUGACGAGGGCACCAGCGGAAAGUACUCCCUGCAGUAGAGUGAACGAGGGAACAAACGAGCCGGGGCAGUGACGAGAGCCCCGACGUCUAAAGUGGCGCACGUUACGUACGCCUUUUAGAGCAGGCACCUGCGGCCAGUCCGAGCCCAAGCACCAGCAGGCGGACAGUGAUGAGAAGACGCGUGAAACGCCCGACAUGCAACAAACGCUGGCAUAGAAAGCACCGAUGAUGGCUUGAAGUUCUCAAAUCUGAGCAAGUUCGUCCACCGCAGUGCAGUGACGAGUGACCAAUUUUGCCUGAUGGCAUGGCGGUAGGGGUAGACGAUCGAACCCGUGCUGCUGCUGGGAAACCGGGACUGGUUGCGUGCCAUCAAGCCGUCGCACCUUACUCGUCAAUGCGCUGCUUGAUACCACCUGCUCAAACGCAACAUACGGGGUGACUCUUGCUCACAUCCUGUCUAUAAGCAGUUAACUGCAGACAUCACACCAUCAACGGCCAGAGACGCCGCGUCAUGCGCUGCUGUCCCCAGCGGAGGCCGAAUCCAGCUCGGUGUUACGAGCGUCUGGUGGGUGACGAGUGCCGGCGAACGCCUUCCGCUUGGAUCGACGUCCUGAGAUGGUCGCUCUCAUUGCGUUAUCACUGGGCAGUGCGCCGUCAGUCGCGAGAGUGCCCCGCGCGUCUUGUCCUGCCUGUUUGCAGGCGUUGGGUACGCCUUGUAUAAAGUGUUGCA